AUGAUGGUCGCAGCGGGCGCAUCACGUAGCACGGGCAAGCUCACCACAGGCUCGACGGCCCUAUUUGUUUGCGACAUCCAGGAGCGGUUCCGCCCCAUCAUCAGUGGCUUCCCCGCAAUUCGGGGUGCUGGUGUUUUGGGUUUGCCCGUGGUGGUGACGGAGCAGUACCCUGAAAGGCUGGGUGCCACCGUCUCAGAGCUCAAGGAGGUGCUGCCAGAGGCCGCGCCUGUCCUGGCCAAGACGCUCUUCUCCAUGGUCACACCCGCCAUGGAGGACUUUUUGUCUCAGAACUCCGCCAUUAGGCAGGUCAUCAUCUGCGGCAUUGAGACACACGUCUGCGUGAUGCAGACCAGCCUCGACCUGCUUGAUCGCGGCUACGAGGUGCACGUCCUGGUGGACGGUGCCAGCAGCCAGAGGCCAACAGACAGGGAGGCGGGGCUCAUGCGGAUGGCCCAGAGUGGAGCCUUCCUGGUGUCGAGUGAGAUGGCCCUUUUCCAGCUCAUGAAGGACGCCAAGGCCCCGGGGUUCAAGGAGGUCAGCGCCCUGGUGCGGGAGCCACGGCCCCAGGACCUCCUGCUGCCGGGGCUGACAGCGCGCCUGUGA